AUGAAGAUGCUGAUGUGUGACCGCGGCGUCCAGAUGCUCGUGACGACGGUGGGCGCGUUCGCCGCCUUCAGCCUCAUGACCAUCGCCGUCGGUACCGACUACUGGCUGUACUCGCGCGGGGUCUGCCGCGUGAAGAGCAGCGGCGAUAACGACACGAGCCGCAAGAACGAGGAGGUGAUGACGCACUCCGGCCUCUGGCGAACCUGCUGUCUGGAAGGUACGUUCAGAGGAGUGUGUAAGAAGAUUGAUCACUUUCCAGAGGAUGCUGACUAUGAAGCAGAUGCUGCUGAAUACCUCCUCCGUGCGGUGCGUGCCUCCAGUAUCUUCCCCAUCAUGAGUGUGGGUCUACUCUUCCUGGGGGGGCUGUGUGUGGCCGCCAGUGAGUUUUACCGGAGCCGACACAACGUCAUCCUCAGUGCAGGAAUCUUCUUCGUCUCUGCAGGCCUCAGUAACAUCAUUGGAAUUAUUGUCUACAUCUCAGCUAACUCGGGCGACCCCGGUCAGAGCGACAGCAAGAAGUCCUACUCCUACGGCUGGUCCUUCUACUUUGGCGCCCUCUCCUUCAUCAUGGCAGAAAUGGUGGGCGUGCUGGCCGUGCACAUGUUCAUCGAGAAGCACCGCAAGCUACGGGCCAAGUCUCGCACCGAGCUCAUCAAGAAAUCCGCCUUCAGCCGCAUCCCCUCCUAUCGCUACCGCUUCCGGCGCCGCUCCAGCGUGCGUUCCUCCGAGGCCCCCAGCCGCGACGCCUCACCCCUGGGGAAAGGUGGCUACACGGGGCCUGCCGCCUCCGAGAUGCCCAUGUACACGCUGAACCCACGCGAGGCAGGCAACGCCGGCACCAAAGCAGGCGGCGGCAUGGGCGGCCUUCUCAACUCAGAGAGGGAGUUCCUCCAGAGCAGCACGCUCACUAAAGACUACAGCAAGGACCCCAACCGCAGGACCACGCCUGUCUGAGAGGUGCCAACCGCAGAUAUCGUCCAAUCAGAGUAUCAAAGAGGAUGAUGAUGAGAAAUACAGGGGGAGUGGGAGGAAAAGCAGGGUCCAGACAGGGUUAUGGGGUGGGAAAGGGGGUUUGAUAAACUUCGACUGUGAACUGUGAACUUUUAGCCUUUGAACUGUGAAUCCUGAGCCCUGUGAGAGAUUCAGAGUGUGUAGCAGGGUUGGUUUUGAUGGAGAAGUUGUUCCCAACUCCAUUUUACCACAUAUCACUGUAGUUGUACCUGUAACUCCUUACAUAUGAAGGCGUAUUCAAUUUAUGUUCAUGGCUUUUAUGUUCAUAAAUUGACUUUCUGGCUUUUAGAAGGGGAAACAAGGAUUGAACUUAAAAGUUUUAUCAGCAUAUCGUAC